GGCUACUGCUGCAUUUGCCGUAAGCCAUUUUUCUGUGUGUGGAAAUUUUUUUAUAAAUCUCUGGUUAAUUAUUAUUCCAUUUGAAAAUAAUUUCUUUUAUUAUUUUUAACUUCUUAAAUAAACAAAAAGAAAAUAGAAUAUAUAAAAUUCCAUAUAUAAACGAAAUAACCCAAAACGCUUCAAGGAUUUGUGAAAGUUUCUUUUUUUUUUUCUAUAUUACACAAAUCCAAGAGAAUCUUUUUUGGCGGUAAUCAAGAAUAAUGGGGGAUCGUGGCGAUAAUGCUGAAUCCUUCGAUGAUGCCGUAGAAGAACGCGUCAUAAAUGAGGAAUACAAAAUUUGGAAAAAGAAUACUCCAUUUCUUUAUGAUUUGGUUAUGACCCAUGCAUUGGAAUGGCCUUCUUUAACCGCUCAAUGGCUACCCGAUGUAACCAAACAAGAAGGCAAAGACUAUUCCGUGCAUCGUCUAAUUCUAGGCACCCACACAUCCGAUGAACAAAAUCAUCUCCUUAUUGCAAGUGUCCAGCUGCCAAGCGAAGACGCCCAAUUCGAUGGCUCACACUAUGACAAUGAGAAAGGAGAGUUUGGUGGUUUCGGUUCGGUUUGUGGUAAGAUCGAAAUUGAAAUUAAAAUUAACCAUGAAGGCGAAGUCAAUAGGGCACGCUACAUGCCACAAAAUGCUUGCGUCAUUGCCACUAAGACACCUUCGAGUGAUGUUCUUGUUUUUGACUACACCAAGCAUCCGAGUAAGCCCGAACCAAGUGGCGAAUGUCACCCAGAUUUGCGACUUCGUGGUCACCAAAAAGAGGGUUACGGGUUGUCGUGGAAUCCCAAUCUAAAUGGCUAUCUGUUGUCUGCUAGUGAUGACCAUACCAUUUGCUUGUGGGACAUCAAUGCAACUCCCAAGGAACACCGUGUUAUUGAUGCCAAAAACAUCUUCACUGGCCAUACGGCUGUUGUGGAAGAUGUGGCCUGGCAUUUGCUUCACGAGUCACUCUUUGGUUCAGUUGCCGAUGAUCAGAAGCUGAUGAUUUGGGACACACGCAACAACAACACAUCGAAACCGUCGCAUACUGUUGACGCGCAUACCGCCGAAGUAAACUGCCUGAGUUUCAAUCCAUAUUCCGAAUUUAUUUUAGCCACAGGGUCGGCCGAUAAGACUGUCGCUUUAUGGGACUUGAGAAAUCUCAAAUUAAAACUGCAUUCGUUUGAAUCGCACAAGGAUGAAAUUUUCCAAGUGCAAUGGUCACCACAUAAUGAAACUAUUCUUGCAUCAUCGGGGACCGAUAGACGUCUGCAUGUUUGGGAUUUGUCGAAAAUUGGCGAAGAACAAAGUGCAGAGGAUGCUGAAGAUGGACCUCCAGAGUUGUUGUUUAUCCAUGGUGGACAUACAGCAAAAAUAUCGGACUUUUCAUGGAAUCCUAACGAACCGUGGAUUAUUUGUUCGGUGUCGGAGGAUAAUAUUAUGCAAGUAUGGCAAAUGGCUGAAAAUGUGUACAAUGAUGAAGAACCAGAAAUACCAGUUUCUGAAUUGGAAACUCCAACAGCUUAGAGUUUGAGUUGUUUGCUUGAGAACAACCAUAUAUUAUAUAUUAUUGUCGAUUUAACGUAUUUUUAUAUAUAUAAAUGUAUUCCUUAAUCUAGUACGUAUUGUUGUGGCUCGGCCCCUUCAAAAUCCAUUUCUCUGUGGAUAUAAUAAAUGUUUUUAUUUCUUUCCA